AUGCAUCGAUCAUACCAACCACUGAAACCAGUUACCAAUCGCUAUCUGCAGCAGAGAUGGGACCAGAAGGACUUUGAAAAUCACUGCAAAAAGGUGGCCUUUGCCCUGCCCAUAGUGGACACUAAGGACAUCAAGACACCCAUUCAUCUCCAACUUAAAUCAAAGAAACUUAAGCUGCAGGAUGAGCAACAGUGUGUUAUUGAUCGAAACAACCACCUUUUAGCCUCUAAACUGGCCAGCAUUGUUUGUUCUAAAGGCCUGGUUGACCACAGGAACCACAGCUCUGCAUAAAAUCUGAAUGGCAGCAAAAGAAAGCAAGAGCUGCAACUGAUCAGCCAUCAGAACCAGUCCAUGUACCAGAGAAUCACGUCCCGCCAGUCUGAGUAUCGCUGUGAGCUCUGGAUGAAGGACUGGGAGAGGGCGGAACAAAAACUGGACAACAUUUCGAGGUAUCCGAAGGGUCUGACAUUUCCCCCGGCCAGUUGA